AUGACAACCGAAAGUGGUACAGAUAGGACUGAUCGAGAAGAGGAACCGCCCUUCAAGAGCCAUUAUAAGUUGCAAAGUAAGGAAAAGGAUACCCCUACCCAUAAUAAGAAUCAGGAAUCCAAUAGGAUACGAAGAGGCCCAGUUUUACUAAGACGCACAAUAAGUAGUUUAUCGAUGAGUGGUGGCGGAACCGCCAAGGGUGAGUUGCCUGAACUGUCGGCUACCAAAUCGCAUAGUAGUGGUCGUAAGCGUAACGAGGAGGAUCCAUUCCAACGGCCCGCUAGGCCGUUGCCUCCUUCAAGAAAGAGAUCUUUUGCUGGUGCCUUGUUCAAGAAGUUCGGCGGUUCAGGAAACCCACCUUUAGAGAGUCUGAGUCAACACCAGGACGAGUACGAUCCAAAUGAAAAGAGUGAAAGUUUUAGUGAUCAUUCGGCUCGUUCUAAGGAUAGAAGGGCUUCGCGUGAUUCAGGUACUUCUCAACAUGCUCCGCAACCAUAUCUGGCAGAUAAAGUUAAAGUACCAUCGACAUUCCGUAGGAAAGUGAGUACUUUGGUACAUGGACUGGGACAUGAAUCAGAUCAUCAUGAUGAGCACCAUUCGCAUGGUCCCAAAAGUUCUAGUAUGUCUCCGAUAAAGAAAUCUUUGACCGCGACUGACGAGUAUACAAAGAAUUCGGAUCGUCCGGCUUUAGGCCGGCAUAGAACGGCGCAUCUUGUAAUCCCAUCGGGAUCUACCCCAAGCAGUAGGAGAAGUUCGACGGCAAGUACAAUGUCUUCGAAUAUGUCCGAAAGUUCAAAGCAAAUUGCAUCAGAGAGAAGCCCCACCACUUUACAUGGAAAUGGGAGUUUCUUCCCGCUAGAUACCAAUCUCGAGAAUCUUUCCGAUAUCACUGCGCAGCCGACGGUCAAGAAUAUAGGUAAGGUUGCGCCACCCGAAAACACAAUGAUAAGGGAAGGAACGAAUCCUCCGCCAGAUAACACGUUGGCCAAGACUACGUCAAAAACAAGUAUCCAUGAACAAUCCCCUAAAUUAAAAGUCAAACAAUGGGUGGCUCCAGAAAGUUGGGACGUAGAAUCUGGAAUGGAGAGGGCCAGGAAUAAGAAAUAUAGUCAUGGUGAGGUGAAUUCAGGUUAUCGUCGUAAGAAUAAGCAACCAUCCCAUUUGCAUAGAGCACUUUCCAGUAGCCCUUCUCUGGAACCAUCAUCAAUGUCACUUGUAAGGAACGCGUCAAAUACUCCCAGUGCUUUACAGCAUGCAGUUGCGCCUGACAAUGACACAACCGUUUUUAAUAAGGAUACUAAGAAUUUGAAUGCUUACACAGGUAAUGAUGACGACGGCGACGACGACGACGAUUCAGAAUCCUCAACGUCAGAAUCCUUAAAUUCGGCUUCCGAUUACACGUCUUCUCAUACAGAAAGUCUCACUGGAGAUAAUUUGGAUCAAAGCGAUGAGCUGGACCCUACCUCUAAACCUAAUACUAGUUCCAGGCGACAGUCGCCAGGUCACGAUUCAACCGAUGAGUUGGCAUUCAGUAAGCAAGUAUCGCUGGUCGACGAAAAGCAUGAUAAAGUUGAAUAUGAGUUGGAACGAUAUUAUAAAGAUUGUAGCGAUCUGGAUCUCAAACGUCAUUACGCCAUUCGUAUCUUCAACACAGAUGAUACUUUUACUACGCUGUCAUGCACUCCAAGUACCACAGUAAGAGAGAUUAUACCUGCAUUGAAGAGAAAAUUCAACAUCACAUCGCAAGGUAGUUAUCAACUGUCGUUGAAAAUUGGUAAAUUGUCAAAGAUUUUAAGACCUCUCGCCAAGCCAAUCAUUAUCGAACGUAAACUGUUAUUAUUGAAUGGUUACAGAAAGACGGAUCCUUUGCAUAUAAUGGGGAUUGAAGAUCUCAGCUUUGUCUUCAAAUUCCUUUUCCACCCAGUCGCUCCAUCUCAUUUAUCACCUGAAAAGGAACAAAGACUCAUGAGAAGUGAUUUCAUUCAUGUAGAUUUGAGAGGAAUGGAUUUGACCACACCGCCAAUCAUUUUUUACCAACAUACUACGGAGAUCGAAAGUUUAGAUGUUUCCAAUAAUGGUGAUAUUUUCCUGCCUUUAGAGUUUAUCGAAUCUACCAUCAAAUUGACGAGUUUAAGAAUGGUCAACAUUAGAGCUUCAAGAUUUCCAGCCAAUAUCACGGAAGCAGACAAGUUGGUCUCCUUGGAGUUGCAGAGAAAUUUUAUUGGACGAAUCCCAAAUUCAAUUUUCCAAUUGUCAAACCUUACAAUAUUGAAUUUACAAUGUAAUGAACUGGACAGAUUGCCAAAAGGUUUUGGGCAACUAAAAAACUUACAAUUACUAGAUGCUUCUUCUAAUAGAUUUGUUCAUUACCCCGAAGUGGUCAAUGAAUGUACCAACCUAUUGCAGGUGAAUUUAUCCUAUAACAAGAUUCAUUCAUUACCUAUAAGUAUAAACAAUUUGACAAAACUGGCAAAGAUGAAUCUAUCGCAUAAUAAAUUAACCGAGAUUAAUGACCUAUCAGGUAUGAAGAAUUUAAGAACUUUGAACUUACAGCAUAAUAGAAUCGCAUCAAUCAAGACGGACGCAUCAAAUUUACAAAACUUGUUCCUCACAGGAAAUAGAAUUUCCAGUUUUUGUGAUGUCUUGCCAAAGUUGAGAGCCCUUGAAAUUCAGGAAAAUCCAAUGACUUCCAUCUCCUACCAAGAUUUUUAUCCCAUGAGUAUGACAAGUUUAUCAUUGAGCAAAGCAAAAUUGGCCAGUGUGCCAGGAGAGUUGUUCGUCAAACUAUCGCGACUUGAGAAAUUGGAUUUAUGCGAAAAUAACCUGACUCAACUGCCGGAAGAAAUCUCGUUACUUAACAAGCUGGUUUACUUAUCAGUCGCGAGAAAUAAACUAGAAUCCUUGCCAGCCGGUUUCCCCAAGUUGAUUAGUCUGAAAACACUUGAUUUGCAUUCGAAUAACAUGAGAGAUCUGGUUGAUGGUUUGCAGGAUUUGGAAUUAACAACUUUGAAUAUUUCUUCGAAUGUAUUGGGUAACGCACAACUGAGUCCCAUGUUUUUCAACAAUUUCACAUCCGAAAGUAAACUGGCUAAGAGUUUAAUGUUUCUACUCGCAGCGGAUAAUCAGUUCGAUGAUCAGAUGUGGCCUUUAUUCAAUUGCUUCGAGAAUUUGAAACUUUUGAACCUAUCAUAUAAUAACUUCCAGGAUAUUUCCUCUUUGAAACUUGAAAACUUACUGAAUUUGUACUUUUCAGGUAACAAAUUAUCCACAUUAUCUGGAGAUGUUGUGUUGAAGUGGAAAUCGUUGAAAACAUUGAUGUUAAACGGUAAUCACCUGCUCUCAUUACCGGCAGAGCUCUCACAACUAUCACAUUUGAAUGUCCUUGAUGUUGGUUGCAAUCAGUUAAAAUACAACAUCUCGAACUACCACUACGAUUGGAACUGGCGUUACAACAAAGAGUUGAAAUACUUAAACCUAUCAGGUAACAGAAGAUUUGACAUUAAGUCUUUUGUCAGCCAAGAAAUCAAUGCAGACCUUUCAGACCUGACCGUCUUACCUAAUCUUAAGAUUCUCGGCCUGAUGGAUGUCACUCUGAAUACAAGUAAAGUGCCCGAUGAAAACUUUAACCUGCGUAUGAGAACCACUGGAUCUGUACUCAAUGGUAUGCGAUACGGUGUAGCGGAUACUUUGGGUCAAAGGGAUUUUGUUUCUUCUAGAGAUGUGACUUUUGAAAGGUUCAACGGUAAAGACGACGAGUGUCUAAUUUGCUUGCAUGAUGGUAAGAAUCAGAAUGCCACCUAUGGUCAUAACAUAUCAAAGUUGGUGAGAGAUGUCUAUGACAAGAUCUUAAUACGACAACUGGAAAGGUAUGGUGACACGGAUGAGGAUGUGAAGAAGGCGCUUCGUUUCAGUUUUCUUCAAUUGAACAAGGAAAUCAACGUUAUGCUAGGAUCUGUUGAUAGUGGUGGAAACGUUGCAAAUUUGACUUCUGCGGAUCUGCUCAGUGGUGCGGUCUCAACGGCUGUGUAUAUAAAGGGGAACAAGGUUUUCACUACUAAUAUUGGUGAUUGUAUGGCGAUUUUGUCCAAGAACAAUGGUGAUUUCCAAAGGUUAACGAAACUUCAUGUACCUUAUAAGAGAGCAGAAUACGAACGUAUUCGUAUUUCUGGUGGAUAUGUGAAUGACGAUAAACUUGACGGUGUGGUAGAUGUCUCUAGGGCUGUUGGAUUCUUCGAUCUAUUGCCUCAUAUUCAUGCUUCACCCGAUAUAUCGUUGGUUACUUUAACCAAAGCAGAUGAAAUGCUUAUUGUCGCAACUCACAAGUUAUGGGAAUAUAUGGAUUUCGAGACGGCCUGUGACAUUGCUCGUGAAAAUGCUGCGGAGCCUAUGCUGGCGGCAGCAGCCAUGAAGGAUCAUGCCAUCGCUUACGGAUGCUCUGAUAACUUGACAAUCUUGUGCUUAGCAUUUGACAAGAGUUCUACCGAUCAGAACCGAUUUACAUUGAACAAAAGCUCAUUCAUGAGGAGAAGUACCUUCGAGGACACCACGUUACGGAGGUUGCAGGCUGAAAUUAUGCCACCAACUGGUAAUUUAGCAAUCGUUUUCACUGAUAUUAAAAAUUCCACAUUUUUAUGGGAAUUAUUUCCCAAUGCCAUGCGAACUGCGAUUAAGACGCACAAUGAUAUUAUGCGUCGUCUCUUGAGAAUUUACGGUGGUUACGAAGUCAAGACAGAAGGUGAUGCAUUUAUGGUUGCAUUUCCGACACCUAUUAGCGCUCUGGUUUGGUGUAUGAGUGUACAACUGAAACUCUUGGAUGCCCAAUGGCCCGAAGAAAUUACGUCAAUUCAAGAUGGUCGUUUGGUUGUCGAUAAGGAUGGUAACAAGAUUUACCAAGGUUUAUCCGUCCGUAUGGGUGUCCAUUGGGGUUGUCCAGUACCGGAGCUCGAUCUGGUAACACAAAGAAUGGACUAUUUAGGGCCGAUGGUGAAUAAAGCUGCAAGAGUGGAGGGUGUCGCCAAUGGUGGGCAGAUAACGAUGAGUAGCGACUUCUGCAUCGAGUUCAACAAGAUUCUGAAAUUCCAUGAAAGAGUUGUCAAAGAUAAGGAGCCUCUGAAAGAUGUUUAUGGAGAAGAGUUUGUUGGUGAAGUGUUGGAAAAAGAGAUUGCAAUGCUCGAUAGCAUUGGCUAUGUCUUCUUCGAGUUCGGUGAGCAGAAGCUUAAAGGUCUGGAAACAAAGGAGUUUAUUACAAUCUGUUAUCCAAAAUCGUUAGCAUCCCGGCAUAACUUUAUCACCGAAGAUGAACAAACGCGUAUGCUGAAUGAAGAAUGCAUAUCCAAGCUGCGAACAGUGGCGAGAAAAUUAGAAGCAGUCGUCUCAGCAGUAAAUGGCGGAUUCAUUGAUGUCGAUCACCGUACCCGUACCUCCAAGUUACCGCACGUCGAUGAAGGUGUUCAAAAUCCAGCGCAUUAUCGGUCUACGGAUAGCGAAACUGUGACGUUGAACUAUUUCGAUCAUCUGGUGACAAGGGUUGAAUCGUAUAUAGCUCUUCUGAAAUUGAAGCAAACUAUGUUCCAUGGUUUGGAUUGCUACAAGUCAGGCGAAAACGGUGCAAUGCAUAUGAGUAUCUUCGAAUUGCUAGACAAAGUCCUGGAGAAAGUCGAGAAGGCACCUUAG